AUGGGUAGAGCGCCGUGCUGCGAUAAGGCGAACGUGAAGAAGGGACCAUGGUCACCAGAGGAGGACGCUACGCUCAAGGCUUACAUAAAGGAGAAUGGAACUGACAAUUGGAUUGCUCUCCCUCAAAAGAUUGGGCUAAAGAGGUGUGGCAAGAGCUGCAGGCUCAGAUAGCUCAAUUAUCUCAGGCCUAACAUAAAGCAUGGUGAUUUUUCUGAAGAAGAAGACCAGAUCAUCUGCAACCUCUACAUCAGUAUUGGAAGCAGAUGGUCAAUAAUUGCAGCCCAGCUGCCCGGGAGAACUGAUAACGAUAUAAGGAACUACUGGAACACAAGGCUCAAGAAGAAGCUCCUCGGGCCCCCGCUUAAGGAGACAUCUCGAUUUUCCUCGCAACAACCCAAGCCCAAUUCACAAACCCUAACCCUAAAUUCUACAGCUCUCGAGAGGAUGCAACUCCACUACUUUCUGUUCCAAGGGAUAAACAAUAUUAAUACCUUCUCUUUCUACAACAACCCUGCACUCUGGUCUAAAUUAAUACAGAGUCAUGAUUCUGUUAUGAUGCCUUUUAUUCUUCAUCACAGAGUGAAAGAAAUGAGAGCUUUUAUCAGCAUGAAUCCCCCAGUUAAUAUUAGCUCUCUGCCUAUAGAAUGA